AUGACAACUAACUUCCUCCAGAGGAUCGCCAUGGGAUUUAAAGAUGGCAUAGAUACAGGCUUCAUGGGUACCACAAAAUACAAACUUUGCAAUCUCCUUGAGCAGCACUACAAUCCACUUCAACACGAUGUCACAGGUGUCUUUGAGGCAUAUCGUUUCGAUACUAAUACAAACGAAAAUAUUCACUGUGUAGUCAUGGUCUGUGAGCAAUUGAAUCCAGGCCUCCUGGACAACAACAACAACAACAACAACAACAACAACAAGAGCAUUGAAGACCGGUCACUGUCAACUUCAGAUUCUUCAAUAUGCUCAACCCGCUACUGGGAAAACAGACUGAUUUUCGACGCCUGCUUCAAUCCCUAUGACAACGGCAGCUUCAUCGAAAACUUCACCCAAGUCCAAGGCCAAGAUGGCAAUUUCCCCGGUGGCUAUCUCCAUAUAUUCGCAGCCGCAAUAUCGUUGGAACUUAAACCCCUCUCAGAUAUGCCAGGCAUACUGACUGAAGAUGACCUGUUGGCAAUCAAGAUUGGACUGUGCACAUUGCCGGCGUCGAAGCGCAAUCUCGUUGUAUCCUCUCCCUCCUCCUCCUCCUCCUCUUCUUCUUCUUCUUCUUCUUCUUCGAAUCUCAGCAGCGCCACUUUUCUCUACUCCAACACAGCCGCGAUCUGGUACAAUCGCGACUCCAAACAGAUCUGGGUCGCUGAGAAUACCGUCUCAAACUGGUAUGCGCGCGAAUCCGAAACCACACAACAAGAACAACAACGCUGCUCGGACCCCAAGAAAGUCUUUGAAGAAUUCUGGAUGAGGUUUGUGAAUAGUUGGGGAUAUUGCCGUAGCAGUUUGGGGCAUGCUGUUGAUAUUCCAAAAGUCUCCUCCUGCUUCCAGUUGUGUUUCAGGGAUCGUGACGGAAACAGCAACGGUCGUGGUUCGUCCCCGUUCUCUGAUUCAACCGCCUCUUCUCCCGCUGAGAAUGGGUGGACUAUGGUUGAAGAUGGUGAACUAGCGCUUCCUAGCUAG